AUGGCGCAGAGAACAAUGAGAUGGCGGGUGUCGUUGUGCGUCUCGGUACUCUGCCUGACCGCCGUGCUCGGGCAGGUCAGCUACUCCAUUCCCGAGGAAAUGGCGAAAGGCUCUUUGGUCGGGAACAUAGCACAGGAUCUGGGCUUGGAUGUGAAAAGGCUGAGGUCGGGGAAAGCUCGGUUGCACACUGGGAAUAACGCGGAGUACAUCGAGCUGGACAGAGAAAGGGGAGCCCUCCUCGUCAGGGAGAGGAUAGACAGGGAGGCGCUGUGCGCGCAGACGAUGCCGUGCGCUCUACAUUUUCAGAUCAUUUUGGAAAACCCGAUUGAGUUUUACAGGGUCACGAUCGAGAUCACGGAUGUAAACGACAACGCCCCGUUUUUCCAGAAAGACUCGAUGAAAUUUGACAUCAGCGAGUCCGCCACCGUCGGGUCGAAGUUUGUUCUGGAGAGGGCGUUUGAUUCGGACAUCGGCGUCAAUGGGCUUCAGAGCUACUCAUUUCACCCGACUGAUAACUUCGUGUUAAAACUGCAAGGCGAUAGGGACGGCAGUAAGAAGGUCGAAAUGGUUCUGGAAAAACCUCUGGACCGAGAGCAGAAGGAGCAGAUAUCGCUCUUGCUGACUGCUGCGGAUGGAGGGGAGCCCAGGAUGUCUGGAACCGUGCAGAUCCACGUCACCGUCUUAGACGCAAACGACAAUGCGCCCCUGUUUACAAAGCCGAUAUAUAAAACGAGCAUAGUGGAAAAUUCUCAGAGAGGUACGGUACUAACUACAGUUAAAGCAUCGGACGUUGAUGUUGAUUUAAAUGGUUUGGUGAAAUAUUCAAUAUCCAGCAGCACAGUUGGUGUAAAGGAUCACUUUGACAUAGAUGAAGAUAAUGGCGAAGUGCGUUUAAUAGGGGAUCUUGAUUAUGAAAAGACGAGACACUAUGAAAUCGAUAUUGAAGCUAGAGAUCAAGGAGGUUUAUCAGACUCCAGCAAAUUAAUGGUAGAGAUCAUUGACGUUAAUGACAACAAACCGCAUAUAGAUCUUAUGUCGACGUCAAGUUCAAUUUCAGAGGACUCCUCUUAUGAAACAGUAGUGGCAGUAAUGAGUGUAAACGAUCCUGACUCGGAAAACAACGGAGUGGUUAAGUGUAGUAUCAGUGAACACAUCCCAUUUGCAAUACAAUCUACAGCCAAUGGUUUCUAUAGCCUGGUGACAGACAGUGAUCUGGACCGAGAGAGAGCCGCAGAGUAUAAUAUCAGUAUAACGUGUUGUGAUGAGGGAGUGCCCUCUCUCUCCAGCAGCGUCACUCUCACCUUACACAUCUCAGAUGUGAAUGACAACGCGCCUGUCUUUGAGAGGAGCUCAUAUGAGGCCUACAUUGUAGAAAACAACACACCGGGUCUCUCCAUAUUCACAGUGAAAGCCACAGACGCUGACUGGAACCAGAAUGCCCGUGUCUCUUAUAUACUGGAGGACUCCUCGGUUAACGGAGUGCCCGUCUCCUCCUAUGUGUCCGUCAGUGCUGAUAGUGGAGUCAUCCAUGCAGUUCGCUCUUUUGACUACGAGCACAUCAAGGAUUUCCACUUGUGUGUUAAAGCGCAGGAUGGAGGCUCUCCUCCACUCAGUAGUAACGUGACUGUGAAAAUAAUGAUCCAGGACCAGAACGACAACGCCCCUCAGGUUCUGUACCCAGUCCAGACCAGCAGCUCUCUGGUGGCUGAAAUGGUGCCUCCUUCAGCAGAUGUGGGCUAUCUGGUGACUAAAGUGGUGGCUGUUGAUGUGGACUCUGGACAGAAUGCCUGGCUCUCCUAUAAGCUGCAGAAAGCCACAGACAGGGCGCUGUUUGAAGUGGGCUUACAGAAUGGGGAAAUAAGGACUAUCCGCCAAGUCACUGAUAAAGAUGCUGUGAAACAAAGGCUGACUGUUGUAGUGGAGGACAACGGGCAGCCCUCUCGUUCAGCUACAGUCAAUGUUAACGUGGCGGUGGCGGACAGCUUCCCUGAAGUGCUCUCGGAGUUCACUGACUUUACACACGACAAGGAGUACAAUGACAACCUGACUUUUUACUUAGUCUUGGCUUUGGCUGUAGUGUCCUUUCUCUUCAUCACCUGCUUAGUGGUCAUCAUAUCAGUGAAGAUAUACAGAUGGAGACAGUCUCGCAUCCUCUAUCAUUCCAGUCUUCCGGUGAUUCCCUAUUAUCCACCACGUUACUCAGACACUUUGGGGACAGGGACUCUCCAGCACGUGUACAAUUACGAGGUGUGCAGGACGACUGACUCCAGAAAGAGUGACUGUAAGUUCGGCAGAGCCGGUAGUCAGAACGUGCUGAUAAUGGAGCCCAGUUGUACAGGGACGAUGCAGCGGAUCCAGAAUGAAAAGAACAUCCUGGAUGAGCCAGACUCUCCUGUCGAGGUCAGUUAG